AUGGAGAAGCUGACUCGCACAGGGGCGGACAUGCAGUCGACUGGGAAGGUGCUGGUGUGCAUUGUGGAGAUCUGCUUUGAGGCGGGUGACUUGAAGGGCAUGCAGGAACACAUAGUCAUGUUGACCAAGAGAAGAGGGCAGCUUAAACUGGCGGUGGUGAAGAUGGUGCAGAAGGCGUUCGAGUUUGUAGCCAAGACUGACAAUAUGGAACAGAAGCUGGAGCUCAUCGAGACGCUCAGAGACGUCACUGCGGGAAAGAUCUACGUUGAGAAUGAGCGAGCGCGUCUGACCAUGUCAUUGGCAACCAUCAAAGAGAAGGACGGCGAUGUCAGUGGGGCAGCCGAUGUGCUGCAGGAACUGCAGGUUGAGACAUUCGGUACGAUGGAGAAGCAGGAGAAGAUUGAGUUCAUUCUGGAACAGAUGCGCCUGAUGCUGGCCAAGAAGGACUACAUCCGCACGCAAAUCAUCAGCAAGAAAAUCAGUCCACGCACAUUCGACAAGGAAGCCUUCUCACCUGAGAAGUUGCGGUUCUUCAAUCUGAUGAUUGAGAUGUCACAGCACGAUGACUCGUAUCUGGACAUCUGCAAAUACUACCAGUCCAUUUACAACACACAGACGGUCAAAGACGACCCCGCCCAAUGGAAGCAUGUAAGUGAUGUGAGUGAUGUGCACGUGUACUUAAGACAGAGUGAGGAGAGGGUCUGA